AUGACAGACCCGCGUACAGGCAGCCGAUGGAUUCUCGGCGACAAGUUCGAGCAGCUAUAUCCUCAUCUGGGCUCGAUCGAGAACCUCUGGUUCAAGAAGUGGAAGUUCCCGUGUGAGCGAUCUCUCUAUCCCUUCCACGACGGCAAAUUCGACGACUUCAAUCCUAUCUUUGAGACCUUGAUCAAGAAGGGCAUUCACGAUGGCUACACCGACGAAUACACCGCCGAGUUCCUUCCUACAUGCGAGGCAUUGGUCAAGCAAGCAGAUGAAGCAGCAUCAUCUGGCAAGAAGCAGGAAGCAAUUAGCCUUUACCUCCGGGCGUGUGCCGUCUACAGAAUCGCCCGCUUCCCGUACAUCAAUAGCAAGCUGAAGACAGAUGCAUACACAGCCCAGAAAGAUGCGUAUAUGAAAGGUGCAAAGCUUUGGGAGGUACCGAUCGAAGAUAUUGCAAUCCCACACACAGCAGGCACGGACAAAGAUGAGGGCAAGACAGUACCACUGUACAUCCGCAACCCACCCAACGCAAGCAGGGAAAAGCCAGCACCAGCCACUAUCCUAAUGUGCGGUCUCGACGGCCACCGCCCCGACAACACAGUUCGCUCUGACGAGUUCCUCUCCCGUGGGUGGGCCAGCAUAAUCGUCGACAUUCCAGGCACAGCAGACUGCCCAGCCGAUCGCCGCGACCCUACCUCACCCGAUCGUCUCUGGACCAGCAUCCUCGACUGGAUGAAGGAAGAAGGUGUCUACGACAUGAAGAAGAUCAUCUGCUGGGGCCUCUCCGCCGGCGGUCACAACGCCAUCCGUGCUGCACACACCCACUCCACCCGCCUGCUUGGCGCAGUAGGGCAAGGAGCAGGGACCCACCACUUCUUCUCGAGAGCGUGGCUGGAGAAGGCGAAGGACCAUGAGUACCCGUGGACGCUGCUUCCAGCUUUACGCGAGAAGUUCGGGUACAAGACUGAUGAUGAGCUCCUGGAGAAUGCGCAGAAGGACUUCAGUCUGGUCGAGCUGGGGGUUGUGGAGAAGCCAGCUACACGAUUGCUAUUGAUUAAUGGCACGCACGAUGGUCUUAUGCCGAUAGAAGAUAGCAUGCUCAUGAUGGAGUAUGGGACGCCGAAGGAGGCGAGGUUCUUUACGGGGUUGUUGCAUAUGGGCUAUCCACCCGCGAAUGGGAGUGUGUAUCCUUGGAUGGAGCAGGUUAUGGCUACUGUAGCAUGA